GCCAAAACCCUUUCCUUACGCGGUCCUGACUACUCUUCGGCUCUUCCCUCCCUGUUGUCACUUUUCUUUACCCCUAUGAAACUCGCCGCUCUCCUCACAAUUUGAUUUUCUCUCUCCAAAUCGAUAUUUCCCUCGUUUGGUUCCCUAGAAAGCGAGGGAAGGCAGACCCAUUCGAGCUCGCAAUUUCACAACCCUAGGCCAUUCCGGGAUUCAGAAAUAAUUUGGCUUUCUGCGUCGGCUCUAGGGUUUUAAAAGAGAUGUCUUGGGAAGAAGAGAUUGUGAUGCGGGAUGUCAUGAAUGCUGGUCUCGUUGUAAGUGACCGCAUUGGCCGAGAAGUUGCGUCGCAGCUCGAUCUCGAAUAAGCCCUAGAAGCUUCGAGAUACGCCAGCCACCCGUAUACGACUCCUCCCAGAGAGGUGGUAAAGAUUGCCUCUAUAGACAUCCUGGAUUGUUGGAAAUGGAUUGUUUACUCCCAUCUUCACGUAGUCUAAUGUUGUGUAAAUUCACUGCAGUGGCCUCCCUUGGUUGAGGUGGUGGAUACUUCGGAGCUACCUCCAGUACUGAUUGAAAGAUAUAAUGCUGCUGGUGGGGAAGGAACUGCCUUAUGUGGAAUUUUUCCCGAGAUUCCUCGGGCAUGGGCAUCGGUAGAUAAUUCUUUGUUUCUUUGGCACUUUGACAAGUGGGUAUAUCUGUCAUCACUAAAAUCCACUGGAUUUACUGAAGCGCGUAUAUAGCUCUCCUUGGGAUUGUCAUCAUGGAAAAAGGAGAAGAACACUCAUCUCCGCUAACACCAUCUAACUCAAAUCCUCCCAGCACGGACAUACCAAAAACUACUCCAAACCAUUCAAAUUACAUGCACGGUUGGCAUGGACCAGGGCCUACACGGUCAUCGACUUUUAUGCCACAUCUAGAUGGCAACCAAUAUCCAAGCAACAUUCAGAAUGUUGGUUAUCAAUUUCAAUAUGGGAUGGGACCUCCGAUUCCUCUCAUCACUACAAGCUCCACAAUGAGCUCAAGAGUUCAUAUAGAGGAUACACCCGAUUGUAGGGAACUUGAAGCGCCAUGUAUUUCUUCUAGAGUUGAUAAGGAAAGUAAAGAGGAUGGACCAGAUUCACGGGAAAUCGAGGAUGGCAGUGCUGGGACACCUAAGUGUGUCCAAAUGGAUGGUGGUGACAUGAUUGAGGAGCCAAAGUCGGGGAUGGAGUUUAAUUCUUUUGAAGAAUUAAUGACCUAUUACAAGCAAUAUGCUAAGAAAUGUGGGUUUGGAGUAAUGACAAAAAGGAGUGAGAGGGGAGAGGAUGAGACUAUUAGAUAUGUCACUCUUGCUUGUGCCCGUGGUGGGAAGGCCCGGAAUAGGACGUUGAAUGUUGUCAAACCACGUCCGACAGGAAAGACGGAAUGUAAGGCAAAAAUUAAUGCCUUAAAAGUUGAGGGAAAGAUGCAGUUGACAACAGUUUAUAAUAUCCAUAAUCAUGGCCUCAAUCCACAGAAAUCCCGCUUCUUUCGAUGUAAUAGAGAAGUGAGUGAGACCGUAAAAAGAGUCCUAGAUACAAACGACUUGGCUAGCAUCCGAAUGAAUAAGAGUUUUGGAUCUCUUGUCGUUGGCGAGGGUGGAUUCGAGAACAUCUCGUAUUUGGAAAACAAUUGUAAUUACAUUGAUAAGGCAAUACAUCUACAACUUGGGAAAGGUGGUGCUAGAGCGCUUCGAGAGUAUUUUGUUAGGAUGCAGUACAAAAAUCCCGGGUUUUUUGCAUUGAUGGAUUUAGAUGACGACGGGAAAUUAAAAAAUGUUUUUUGGGCAGACCCCCGUAGUAGGGUAGCCUAUCAAUAUUUUGGAGAUGUGGUCACAUUUGAUACCACUUACCUAACGAAUAGAUUUGUGAUGCCCUUUGUACCAUUUGUUGGUAUAAACCAUCAUGGACAAUCAAUUCUGUUGGGAGCAGGAUUGAUUUCCAGUGAGGAUACAGAGACAUUUGUGUGGUUAUUCCAGACCUGGUUGCAUUGUAUGGAUGGUAUAGCUCCGAAAGCUAUUAUCACAAAUCAGAAUAGAGCGAUAAAAAAUGCAGUUGCUAUUGUUUUUCCAAAAAGUCGACAUAGAUUUUGCUUGUGGCAUAUAAUGAAGAAAGUCCCUGAAAAGCUUGGCUCCCAUGGUUCCUACAAAAGUGGGUUGAAAAAUGAAUUGAUGAAAUGUGUAUAUGACACCCAAACUAUUGAAGAGUUUGAGAAAUGUUGGGAUGAGUUAAUCACCACGUAUAACUUGCAUGAGAAUGCCUGGUUGCAGAGUUUAUUCGCUGAGCGUGAGCAUUGGGUACCGGCAUUCUUAAAAGAGUUUUUUUGGGCUGGAAUGAAUACAACCCAGCGAAAUGAGAGCAAGAAUGCCUUUUUUGACAGUUAUGUGCAUUCUAAGACAAAUUUGAAAGAGUUUGUUGACCAGUUUGACGAGGAGUUGAAAAAGAAAAUUGAGAAUGAAAAUAGCGCGAACUUCCACUCAUUCAACUCCACAAUUCCCUGCAUAUCUAGAUCUCCAAUUGAAAAGAGAUUUCAAGAUUUGUACACAAAUGCAAAAUUCAGGGAAGUUCAGCAGCAAAUUACCGGCAUCAUUGAUAUGGAUCCAGUUUUACUUAAGAGGGAUGGUGGAAUAAAGACAUAUCUAGUAGAGGAUGAAAUUUGUGUGGAAGAGUUUACCAAGCUGGUUACACAUUCUGUGGACUUUAGUGAGGAAGAUGCAACUACAAAGUGUUCGUGUGGGUUAUUUCAGAUGAGGGGGAUUCUGUGUAGGCACAUUUUGGCCGUAUUCAAGUGUAACGGGAUAAAAUCAUUGCCAAAUAAGUAUAUUUUAGAUCGAUGGCGAAAGGACAUCAAAAGGAGAUAUAUGUUAAUCCACAGCAGCUAUGAUGCAGGGGAUCAGCGGGCAGAUGCGAACAGAUAUUCAAGUCUAUUGAAUAUCUGCUAUCAAAUGAUUACUUAUGCAGCGGGUUCAAAAGAGCAUACUGAGGAUGCAAUUAAUAAGUUAUAUGCAAUGAUUGAAUUAUAUCGUGACAACCAAGAACCCCCAUCGAUGAUCUUAACGGGUUCCAAUGUUGGUUGUACGACAAAGGAUACAACUAUAGUUGGUAGUUCAAAACAAGUACCCAGUUCACAAGUUGUUAGAGGGAAAGACAGACUUCCAUCUCUGAGGAGAGCAUCUAGGAUAGAGAAAGACAUGCGGAAAGUUAAAGUGAAGACGAAGAAAAUGCCAGUUAAGGGGAAACGUAAAGAGCGAGAUGGACGAGAUACACCAGUCAUGGAUACUUGCAGAAAUUUAUUUGGCCCUUUAGAGAUAGAUAUGUCCAAUGUUGGUGGCGUGCAGUCUAUUCCAGAGAGCUCAGCUUUUGACAUUAAUGGAACCCAGCUUCGAGAAACAGUGAUUGCAAGUCAAGAAAAUAUGCAAUUUGGAUUGAAUGGAUCACAACCAAUGCAACUUGACUUGGAUGGAUCACAAUCGGCACAAUGAGAUGGUUUAAUUUUAAUAUUCCAAAAACUUAAGUAUUGAAUAUAAUUCAUGGACACACGACACAGCACAUUUUUGUGUAUUAUGUAUUGGAACCAAUGGCUGGAUUAUAUUGGACAAUUAUUUGUAUUUUGGGAUGGAUAGCUUUUUAUUUGUAGUUAUUUUUGGAUGGUAUGAGACUUUUUAUAUGGAAAUAUGAUGUUGGCUCCAGGUGUUUUAUCUCAA